UAGUUUUUGUUGAGGAGAAGAAAAAAAAGAAAAGGAAAAAAGUCCUGGUCACAUGAUCACUAAGAGGGCGGGGCUAAUGGUUCUGUCGAGGAGUUCGUUCGUGCUCGAAAAACAUGGACCAAAAAAUACCAUACGAUGAUUAUCAACUGCCAGUAGUGUUUCUUCCGUCCUAUGAAAGCCCUCCUGCAUGGAUCCCUCCACAAGAGAGGAUACAUCACCCUGACUACAACAAUGAGCUCACUCAUUUCCUACCUCGCACUGUAGUCUUAAAAAAGCCCCCCGGAGCACAACUGGGCUUCAAUAUUCGUGGAGGAAAGGCGUCGCAGCUUGGUAUAUUUAUUUCAAAGGUGGUGCCAGAUUCAGAUGCCCAUAGGGCAGGACUACAAGAGGGCGAUCAGGUGCUUUCUGUCAAUGAUGUGGACUUUCAAGACAUUGAGCAUUCAAGGGCUGUGGAGAUUUUAAAGACAGCAAGAGAGAUUUUGAUGAAGGUCCGUUACUUCCCUUACAAUUACCAACGGCAGAAGGAGAGGACUGUACACUAGGUGGCAGAGCUGACAUUCAUGACUGAAGCCGUGAGUGACGCAACUGAUGAGGCAUUGGUGUGUCAGCCAAACUUUCAUCUUCUCUGCAUCAUCUUCCUCCUACUAACUAUUGACUCUGACUAAAAGACUGCUCAAAGAAACCAUCAUCAAACACUUAAGAACAUGCCAGAUGAUUCAAAGCGUCUUCACGCAUUUAGGUCGGUGUUGGGCAUCUGUGUUUUGAGCUGUGUAAGUUUUGAAUGCAGCUGGUAAAAUAAGCAUAUUCUAUGGGAUAUAUCAUGCAUAUAAAAAUAAAACAUGGUAGAAAUAGUAUUUAUUAAAUGAAAUAAUUAUAAAUGGCAAAGGGUACAUCAUGAAUAUAUUAUGAUCUGCUAUUAAUAUCAUCAACCGAUGCCCUGCUGACGAGCACAUAGCUACUGAUUAACUAAUUGUCACUGAAUCAAUAUGCUAAUGCAAACAAUCCUUUUCAGGUGCAAAUACUUAUUUUUUAAAAGGACAAUGUGUAGGAAUUUCUCCCAUCUAGCGGUGAAAAUGUAUUUUGCUUUCAAACAAUCUGUGCUCUCCAGCGCCUCGCUUUUUCAAAUGUGCGUUGCAUUUACGGUAGCCAUUAUGUACCAAAAAACUAUGACAGGAUGUCUUCUAAUAUCACUUCUUUGUUUAUGAGGAUAAGUCAGAUAAUUGGCAGAGGUAUUUGUACACCAUUGAGGACAUAUUUAUGAAUAAACAUAUUGAUUUUAAAUAAUAAAAAAGUACAUAAAAUACACAUUGCCCCUUUAAAUAAACCUGUAUGGAGAAAAAGCUCAGAGGGUGUGUGUGUGUAAAAUGAAUAUAUUCUCAGAUUUGGUAACUAAAGUUAUGGCGUUAAGUAGCGUGGCCAGAUAUUAAUAUAUUGCAUCAACUAGUGGUACUGUAAAUAUAAAGUCUACAUUUUUUUUUAAUUACAUUGUUUUAUCACACAAAAUGUAAGUUUACCUUUUACUGUGUCACAAGCUCAAUGGACCAGAAGGCAGUUCAUGUGCAAAGUUGAACCUACCAAAAUGCAACAUUUUUAUUGGACGAAAUAAAAGAAAUGGUCUUCAAAAUAUAUUUUGAACAAUUUAUUUAAAACUAUAAAACAUUAUUAUUUAGUGAGUUGGGACUUCAUAUAUCUGUAUAUGAAAUUCAAGUUCUCAAACACAAAUUUUCAUAUCCAUCCAUCCUCAGAAAGAAAAAUAUCAUGUCAUAAAUCUGGGUUACUCUGCCACUUUUAGUGCAAAUGUCUUGCAUGGAUCCAUCAUGUUGUUAACAUGCCUUUUUCUUUCAUGUUCAAGGGCCAAUCACAUAUUUGAGAAGUACAGAACAGCUGAUUUCUCUGCCUUCUGUUUUCCUCUGCCUGUUACAGGCAAAUUAACUAAUACCACUUCAAGUAAUAAAUCUUGAGGUAAUACCACUUUGUGUCUUGGACUGCUUUGGUCAUAUUACAGGGCCAUUACACAGGUUCUCCCAUGGUUCACACACACACGCCAAUACAGAGACAGCUCUUUGAAGAAGCUCAAACACAAUUACACAAAGAUAAAAAGGAUGACAUCUCAAGAAACCUAUCCCCUACCAUGGAGAUUUAAAAUAGUUAUUAAACAUGCUUGACCAUAGUCAUAAAGAAAAAACAUCUAUUUACCUGCAUGUCAAUACAAUCAUUUAGGUGUAGCUUCAUCAUAACUAUUUAAUAAUAAA